AAGUGUGAUGUAUGUAAAUAAUAUUUUUCACAAAGUCAGUCUUGCUGCCUUAGGUAGCAUCCCAAACCUCUAACAGAGAUAUCACAGGAGUAACAUAAGCGUGUUCUCCAUAUGUAUUUUAUAUACAUCUAUAUAUAUAUAUAUAUAUAUAUAUGUGUGUGUGUGUGUAUAAUAUAUAUAUAUAUAUAUAUAUGUGUAUAUAUAUAUAUAUGUAUACGUAUAUGUGUGUGUGUGUAUAUAUAUGUGUGUGUAUAUAUAUAUAUAUAUAUAUAUAUAUGUGUAUAUAUAUAUAUGUAUUUAUAUAUUGCCACACAUGGCUCACUUGAAAAAAUCACUUGAACUUGAACAAAGUGUAGAAUAAUAGUUUCUCUCCCUGACCAAAGCAAACAUAUAUAUAAAGAUAUAUAUUUUCUAGCCGUCUCUUCAAAUCUAUAGCAAAUGCUCCAAAAGAAAAUCAUUACUAGGGGGAAAAAGAUCCCAGGAAGAAUACAGAAUAUUUUUUACUGCUUCUUUUCUAGAGCUAUUUCGCAGCCUUAUUUACUGUUUACACUUGCUCUCAGAAAUGUGAGUCCAUUUUUUUUCUUCCCCCCCCCCCCUAUUUGUUGUGCUUUAAAUUUGACAGUUACAUGUACAUUUGAACUGUAUGUAUGACGAUACUGCCCUCAAGCUUAUCUGAUGUACAGCUUUAUUUAUUUCAAAACAAUUGUCCUGUCUUUCAGCUGUCUGUUGUUGUUUUGUGUGUGCGUGUGAGAAAUGUAACUGUUAUCUAAAAGGCAGCUUCACAUGUAUCCCCAAGGGUGUGCAUAUUUUAAAUAAUGGUUGAAAGUUUUACUGCAGUGCUAGCACUACUGACAGGCAUUGUAAAUGUGCAGAUGAUGUAGUCACUGAAAUAUGCAGCAGUUCUGCGUCAUGUGUCAGAUGUGUUCUUGAUUUUCCUUAACUGUGAUUGUUUUUGAGAAUAGCAUUCCAAUUCGAUCCGCCGUCACUGCACUGUUAAAAGUUGUCUCGGUCGCGUCACACUUUGUAUGCGUAGGGUCAUCCCGAAAUAUAUAUAUAUAUAUAUAUAUAUAUAUAUAUAUGCAUGUGUUUUAUAAAGUCCAUUUUUUUUUCAAAUUAUUAUUUAUUGAUGGGAAUUGGCGUCCAGUAAAGCCAGUGUGAGCAUUGUCACAUCCGUCAUGCUGAUCACAGACAGGUUUAGACCUAUUUUUGUAGCACAUCCAUGCACCAUGUGUUUUUCUCUCUUUUUUUUGUUAACUACAAGAACUGGAAAACUCGUGUUGUGAAGCCGUCAUUGUAAUAUUUGUCACAGAAAAUGGCACGGAUAAACGCACCAUUUCCAUCAACCCUCGUUUCUAUGGUGUCACUGUAACCUGCUUAUUGUUGCGGUUGUGAAUUGUGCUCCAACAUACUGUACGUUACCAUUGAAAAAUGUCCCCGUGGCCAGCAGAACUGCAGAAUAUUUAGGUUGUGGAGGAAAAUGCAUUUGCAAACAGCAACAUGUCUGUUCCUCAGAGCCAAGUUUCCUCAGUCAAAUACAGAAACCACCUCUUCAAUAUGUUUUACAGCAAGCCCACAUGUGAACUGACCUAUAGAGAUUUGUGUGACUUUCCUUAUCUCAAUGAAAUUGUACUUGAUUUGAAUGUUUAAAUAUUCUAAGCAGAUUGUAAAGCCAUGUUUGUUGAUCAUGCUGUUCUAAACAGAUUAAAUCACUUUCUUUGUAUCAACUUUUGAAAUAAUGUCAUAUAUAAGCGGACUGUAUGUCGAUUCUAAAGCAGUUUCACUGAUACAUUAUCGGUAUUGUUUUGACAUUUUGGAACUUGUGAAAGAUCUCCUAGUUUUCGCACUUGUACCCCUUCAGCCAUCCAAACAAAUGACCCAAGACCAACUCAGACCACCUGAAACCAAUUGAACCCAGAUGAUUGCGGAAGGUGUUCUGUCACUUCUAAAGUGGAAUGCCCCAAAGGUGAGUUCAAUCAAAAUUCUGUGUACAAAUACACCUAAAACAACAACAACAACAACAACCAAAACACAACUUGAAGUUCAAUCAGUCGUAAUGCACGACAUCCCACGAGACUUUCCGCACUUGUUUUGCGUUAUAUAUAUAUAUGUCCAUGUAUUUGUGUUUACAAAUGGGAGGAAAAGAAAUGAAGUACAGGUACCCGAUGAAUCGAGUGAAAUAAGGAAGUAGGCUGUACUUGUAUUUGGUGACUUCCCACACAGCUGUUGUCAAUGAAUGGGCACCCCCCCCCCCCCCCCCCCCCCACCCAAACUGCGCUGCCACAGUGCGUAAAAAGGCGCGUUGACCGACAGCGGGCGGCCGGCGGAUGAACUUCUCCCAACUAUGUCACGGCUUCACGCAUGAGACGCUUUUGCGACGACGCGCUCGCUUGCAAAAGCGUCAGCUCCAGAUGUCCGCGCAUCGGAAGGAAGCACGCAGCCACCCGCGACGGGAGUGACUCACGCGUUCGAGUGCUCGACUAAGCGGUCGCCGGUGCGGACGGGGAGAUUUGUGACUGCGCGGGGUUAUCGGGCUCCUACUUAAAAGCCCGAGCUGCGCGCUUUUGAUGGGGCGCAGAGGCGUUGAGCCGCAGCUGCUGAUCCAUAUGGAGAACGCGCGUGCGCAUCUUCAUCGAGCGCCACACUUUUGGCUCGCCUCAAACGCCCUUUAGCUUCAAAGUGCUCCGCGAGUGUCGCACAGCGAGCGCACGGCGAGCUCAGCGGCAGGGAAGAGGCCUCGCAAAACUUGACUUUGGGACAUUUUCACGAGAGCCUUGUCCGCGGAGAGAAGAUGCGUCAGGAGGUCGUGAGGAGACUUCACAUGUCGCUUGUCAUGUUCUCCAUGCUGCUGCUCGGCUUGGCCUCGGGAUUCCCGAGCAGACACAGGAACGCUGCUCACAAGGGCGACGCCCACCCAGUUCACAGCGGAGGCAUCCAGUAUGACCCCGACGCCUCGGAGAAGCAGAACCAGGUGCAGAGUGUGCCGGAGCCCCACAGCCAUCAGAGAAAGUGGCCCCACCCUCAGCACCGCUCUGUUGGGGUACUUCCUCAGCCAGAACCCGAGGAGGAGACUGAGCCCUUCAUCCUGGAUUUGAAGAACUUCCCAGACCUGGCUAACGCUGAUUUGAACUCUCAGAACCCCAACAUACAGGUCACCAUCGAGGUGGUGGAUGACCCUCAGAUGGAGGUCGAGAUGGACCUGGCCAAGGACAGCGACUGGAUACCAUCCUCUUCCUCCUCUCCCUCUUCCUCAGUAGAUUGGCUGGGAGGAAAGAAGCUUUUCUGGCCGCUUUUCUGGAGUUACACCGACUCCGGCGAGGACGGCGACAGCCGCUCAACCGUAGAAGAAACCAGCGAGGAAGAGGAGGACGAUUAUUCUCUCUACGGCAGCGAGGAGCCCUCGCUCAGCGGAGUGGGUGGGGAUUGGGGUAGUUACUGGAACGAAGGCUGGGAUCCUAUACAGACCUACUAUGAGAAGGAGGAUGACGAGUGGACUCCGUGGUCUCCUUGUUCGGUCACCUGUGGGCCUGGUGAGAGGAAGAGGACAAAGUCAUGUGGCUACUCUUGUACUCUGACAGAAGCCUCGAAGUGUGACCUGGAGCCUUGUCCUGGUGAAGUCAACACUGUGGUAGAGCCUUUCCCUUUCGACAUAGAAAAUGGCACAGAGCCAUUUGGAACAGAUGUGGACAGCUGUGAAAAGUGGCUGAACUGCAAGAGCGACUUUCUCCAGCGGUACCUGCGCCAGGUGUUCUUGGAGCUGCCCAGCUGCCCUUGCUCCUUCCCCUCCGCGGUGGCGUACACGGUGGUCAGCGUCUACGACGACUCUCACGGGCAGACGUUCCGAUGGCGCGACGCCAGCGGCCCCAAGGAGCGCCUCGACAUCUACAAGCCGUCGGCCCGCGGCUGCAUCCGCUCGGCGCUCUCCGGCGACUCGUCCACGCUGGCGGCGCAGCACUGUUGCUACGACGACCGCGGGCGGCUCAUCACGAGGGGGAAAGGCGCCGGCAUGCCCGACUUGAUCAGCACCGAGUUCUCGCCAGAGCUGCACUUCAAAGUGGACGUGCUGCCCUGGAUCCUGUGCAAGGGGGACUGGAGCCGCUUCCACGCCGUGCGACCGCCCAACAACGGCCUGGAGUGUCCGGACAACCCUCAUGAAGACGUGUUCAUGAAUGAACUGGAGGAGGCCAGGGAGUACUGACGGCCUACCUUUUAAAAGUCAUGUACAAUUUGUCUCAAGCAUGCGGCAGCCAUUUAUCAUGCAUUACCAAGAGAAAACCUUCCCCAAUCUCCUCACACCAACCAGGCUCCAGUGAAGGAAGUCACUGGCACAAAUGACAGAAAACACAAAAUUGGAGCUCCUUGUAUUCGGUUUUGUACCUGCUAGUGUCUUUCGUGGUGUCUAAAAAGGACUACAAGAACCUGAUUGUGCUCCGUUUCGUUUUGGCACAAGGGAAUGUAGACGUACAGGCUGGUUAUACUCACAAUGAUGCUGCUACACACUUAAAUUAAAUAUACAGUAUAUUAGGCAUACAGGAAAGGGCUCUAUUUUCGUAGACGGCGGAGUGCAAAAACUGUGGCAUAUCUGUGCAAGGCUCGCUGCGUGUGUUUGCCAAUUUGGCAGAACGGUCCGCAAAGAGCUGGACUUUGCGCCGCAGUGAGGGUCCUCGGGCUUGCGCACGGCAGAGGGACAAUUUGGUGGCAGAAAGCAGGUAGACCGCUGGUACAAUGCGAUUUUGGUGAAUUUGAUCAGGGCAGAGGCAGACAGAUUCUGAGCUUCGCGGACAUUUCUGUUGCAUGACAGAUGUAAUCCAUUCAUAAAUAUGUGAACAGCAGGCAUCAAACUCUCUGAAUCAUUGUAGAAAUAAAUUCAUUGAACGUAUUAUGACUAUCAUCAUUAUAUUUUUUAAAUCAUCCCACUGACCCGGGGGGCCCAAAAUUCACAUCUUUCGCUUGUGGAGAUCUUGCAGUUCCGUAUAAACGUAACACUGGGGAACAAUUUGGAAAAAAAAAAAUUAUUGUUAGAUUUUUAUGCUGAUUGAAACUAAAAUUGGCAUGCUGAUUCCAGAAUUGCAGUCAGUUUUUUUUCUCGCACGUCACUCUUACCCACCAGAUGAGCAAAAUUCCACUGAUUAGCUGUAGUAAGACUUGCCAGCUGAUUACGAUUGGACUCGUCUACAGCUACGUGGCAACUUGUUUGUGCAGUCACAAUUGAGUCGGUGCGGUGAGAGGUGCGUGCAGCUCCCAAUAGGUCAGUACUAUCAAUAUCUGCAAACAGAAAGCUAGCAUAGUAGGAAUUAAGAGGAUUUGUGCCAUAUCCUUUGUAAAACACAAUAGCGUUAAAUAAACACUGCAGUCAUGCCUUUCUUUCAUAUUUCAUUGUAUGUCAAUAUUUGAAAAGUUUUAUAAAACAAGCGCAUAUCUGUGAAGUACAGUAUUUUUCAUCUUUUUUAAGAAAACGGGCAUCUCUACUUCAAAAACUUGAUGUGAUAGAGAAAAAAAUGAGAUCAGUUUUGGAUUCCGCACCCAAAAAUGAGUUAAAAGCAGCUGUCAGACCUAACUCAACAAAAAUUGUGUUCCCCAGCGUUGUGUGCGUCGACCACCUGGACUCGAGAAAAUCUGUUUCCUCUUCUGCCAUGUCAAAAACUGUCAGUGCGCUUCUGGCGCUCCCCGUUUAAAGGGAAUGAGAUGAGCUGCUCUGAUAGGACAGGAUUGAAGUGUGCUGUGAUCACGCCCACAGCAGCGCCAACGUCAGCGCAGCAAAUCCGCCGGGCUGCGCUGGUCCACGAAAUGACCAACUCUGGGUUUAAAGUGACUCCGCACAGUUAGGCCACGUGCCGCGCAGGAUUUAUGCCAUUCACGAAAAUAGAGCCCAUAGUCUCAUUUUUAAAUCACUUUGAAUCAGGAGAUGAAUGCUACGUUCACAGCUGUGCUUGUGAAAAUGGUGAAAUAAAUUCUGAAUUCAACCAAUUUGUCACAGGGAUCCAUUUUCAUAGCCAGGGGGAAAAGAUGGCGGGUGCCAAAUAGUUGAAAAGCUGUUUGGUGUCUGUGUACAUCCAACCUCCUUCGUCUCUAUAUUGCAGGCAUAUGAAAAGAAGCGUCUAUGCUUCCAUGGUGUUUGUGUCUCUACCAAGUUCUCAGGGGGACUCCAAAAGUAAAUGCCUUGAAAAAAUGUCAUCCAUUUACCUCGACAAUUGGGUCUGGUACGAAACGGGCGGUAUCAGGUGUGGGUCAUCCAGACCAGAAGUGAUGAACAAAUGAUGCUUUUUGUUUGGAUGUGUGCUCAAUUGUGGUGAUCAGACAAAGGAUAUUCCCGUUCCUGCUCUAUCUCUCUCGAUAUUCCCAUUCCUGCUCUAUCGCUCUCUCUCUCUCUCAUAUAUAUAUAUAUAUAUAUAUAUAUAUAUAUAUAUAUAUACAUAUACAUACACACUCAAUAGUUCAAUGAAAUAGUGAUGAAUGGUCCUUUCUAUCUGAUCAUACUUCUAUGGAUGCUGGCUCCAAAUCCUCUUUUUGUUUUUUGUUUUUCUUCAGGAACUGGACUGAUUUGAAUGGAAGGCACUUUAUUUGAGGUAUAUGUGCUGUAUGUAGAAAUGCAAAAGAUGUAUUGAUUGACAGGUGAUGUGUCGAUGGCCCAAUCAAAUGUUAAUAUGGACAAACGCAUGAUCUUUUUGCGGUUUCUGAAUCUAGUUUGACAUCUGUGGUGUUGUACAGUAUUUAUUUGUCUGAUUUCUCUUAUUUUUUAAAGCUUUCAAACAUGGUGCACUGGUCAGACUGACAAAUGAAGGCACCACAUUAAAUUAAAUGGGAAAAAGGGAAUAACUCAUUGCUUCAUCCAGCAGCA